AAUGCUGUGUAGAGGUGGACGUGUUCAGUGUUGAUAAAAUUAACGGUUUGUUGACAUCACUUGCAAAUACGAAACUAUUUGAAGUGCUGGUGAUAUUUAUAAUUUGUGUUUCUGUGGAUUUUAAAGUGGCGUGGGAACGAUGGCCAUGCAGCAAGAAGUCGGCGUACCAGACUUUGUCUUACUGGACAAUUUGACGACAGAUAACUUCGUGGAGAAUUUGCAUUUGAGGUUCAAACACAACAAAAUCUACACAUACAUCGGCGAGGUGCUGGUGUCGGUGAACCCCUACAAGACCCUGGACAUAUAUGGCGCCCAGCAGAUGGCCGAGUACAGGGGGCGGGAGAUGUUCGAGGUGCCCCCGCACGUGUACGCUGUGGCGGACGCGUGUCAGAGAGUUUUGAGGCAGCAGGGCAAAGACACGUGUGUGCUGAUAUCGGGCGAGUCUGGCUCCGGGAAGACGGAGGCAUCCAAGUUCAUCAUGAAGUACAUCGCCGCAAACACCACACAAGUUCACAGAGAGUAUAUCGACAGGGUAAAAAACGUGCUCAUUCAGUCCAACUCCAUCUUGGAGACCUUCGGCAACGCGAAGACCAACAGGAACGACAACUCCUCACGGUUCGGGAAAUACAUGGACAUCCACUUCGACUACAAGGGCGACCCAGUGGGGGGGCACAUCAGCAAUUACCUCCUGGAGAAGAGCAGGGUUGUCAGCCUUCAGCCGGGGGAGAGGAAUUUCCAUUCCUUUUAUCAGUUAAUGAGCACAAGCAACCCUACCACCAAGAAAUACGGUUUAAAUUCGAACACGGCAUACAAACUGCUGGGCAGCGAACGCGCCACGGCACAGGACUCGAAGCUGUACUCGUUGACCAACAGCGCAUUCAACGCGCUGGGUUUCCCGCCGGCCGUGGUCAACGACAUCUGGGGUAUUGUGGCUGGUGUUGUUCUGCUGGGCGAGCUCACAUUCACGGAAACGCCCGACGGCCUCCUAAACAUCGGCGGCCCUCUCCACCAAUGUGUCGCCGCCUUAGGAGUGUCACAGGACGCCCUGCGAGCUUGCAUGGCCGGCAGGGUGCUAUCAGCUGGUGGGGAAUUGGUGUCUAAGGAACAUUCUUUGAGCGACGCUAACUAUACGAGAUUAGCGUUGAUCAAAGCGGCAUACGACAGGCUGUUCACCUGGAUUGUUCAGCAGAUCAACAAAGCGAUAGAAGUACCCACCGGCACGUACAAGAGUACUCUGAUCGGCGUCCUUGACAUAUACGGCUUCGAAAUCUUUGACACGAACAGCUUUGAACAGUUCUGCAUCAACUAUUGCAAUGAAAAGCUCCAGCAACUGUUUAUAGAAUUGGUGCUAAAACAAGAGCAGGAGGAGUACGCCCGCGAAGGUAUCCAGUGGACCCCGAUCAAGUAUUUCAACAACCGCAUCAUUUGCGAGCUAGUGGACGCGCCGCACCAGGGCAUCAUAGCCAUUAUGGACGAGGCGUGUCUUAAUCCCACUAAGAUAUCAGACAAGCAACUCCUUGAGGCGAUGGACAAGCGACUGAGCAACCACAAACACUACACAUCGCGUCAACUGUCGCCCACUGACAAGAAACUAAAACAUUCCGUAGACUUUAGGAUCACCCACUACGCGGGCGACGUGACGUACGCCAUCACCGGCUUCACGGACAAGAACAGGGACUCGCUGUGGCAGGACCUCAAGCGGCUGCUGCGCCACUCAACCAACGCGUCGCUGGCCGGCAUGUGGCCGGAGGGCGGCACCAAUAUACAGAAGACGUCAAAACGUCCACCAUCGGCUGCGACCCUGUUCCGCAACUCCAUGUCCUCGCUGGUGGCGGGGCUCCAGAGCAAGGAGCCGUUCUACGUGAGGUGUGUGAAGCCGAACCCGCUGCAGGCGCCCAACACCUGGGACGAUGAGCUGGUGCGCCACCAGACGGCGUACCUGGGGCUGGUGGAGAACGUGCGCGUGCGCCGCGCCGGCUUCGCGUGCCGCCAGCGCUACGACCGCUUCCUCCGGCGCUACAAGAUGCUGUCGCAGUACACGUGGCCCAACUUCCGCGGCGCCGGCGACCGCGAGGCCGUCAUGGUGCUGCUGAGGGACCUUCAGAUCACGGAUGUACAGUUUGGGCACACCAAGCUGUUCAUCAGGAGCGCCCGCACGCUCCAGCAGCUGGAGGCGUCCCGCUCGGAGCUGAUCCCGUCGAUCGUGGUGCUGCUGCAGAAGCUGUGGCGUGGAACGCUGGCCCGCCAGCGGUACCGCAAGAUGAAGGCCGCGUUCCUCAUAUACAAUGCCUGGAGGCGGUACCGCGGCCGCCGCUACAUCGGCGAGCUGCAGGCGGAGCUGGCGCGCCACCGCGGCGUCAUCCAGCGCUGGCCGGAGCCGCCGCGCGCCGCCGCCGCCGCCGCGCGCCUGCUGCAGGCCGGCUACCGGCGCUGGCGGGCCUAUCUCAUCCUCAAGCCCAUCCCCAGGGACCAGUGGCCCCAGCUCAAGAUGAAGAUCUGCGCGGCCAGCGCUUUGAGCGGAAGACGGGCGGAGUGGGGCUCGAACCGGCAGUGGCUCGGGGACUACCUGGCUGAUGAUAAUUACAACUCCAAGUCUGCUCUAUACAAAGCGUCAAUAUCGACCCUCCAGCGAAGCCCCCACUUCGGCAAGCCUUUAUUCUCGUGUCGCGUACACAAGUUCAACCGACACAACAAGAUGGCGGAGAGAUGUUUGUUGAUCACCGACAACGCCAUCUACAAGAUCGACGCUAACACUUUCAAAGUGCUGAAGAAACCUACGCAGAUAUCCGAGGUGGGAGCCGUCCGCGUGAUGAGCAGCGACGCCCAGCUGGUGGUGGUGAGCGUGCCGGCCGCCAACAACGACCUGCUGGUGGGGCUGGUGGCCGGCGCCGGCGACCUCGUGGGCGAGCUGGUGGGCGUGCUCGCCAACCGGUUCCACAUGUUAACAGGCUCUGACUUGAUCGUGGAAGUGGAACGCGGGGCGACCACCCGCUGCACUCUGGGCGGGAAAACUCGCGCGCUCCAGCUGCCCCCCUCCGCCGCCGCGCUGGCCAAUCAGGCGGCGCCGUUCACGCAUGCGCACAACGUCAUCACGUACCAUCCCGCCUCGGCUAGGGCGUGAGGCGAGUGUUUAAUGUGUCAAGUUCUUUUUUUGAAUAUGGUUGGCAUGGAAGGAAAGUUCUGGAAUGAAUACGUCAAUUGUAAAUUCAUUAUUUUUUUUAAUGCGAUGUAAAUUUCUAUAUAGCCAGUUCUUGUACAAUACUGUAAAACUUAAUAAGGUUCUUUCCUUUUUUAAAUGCGAUGUAAUUUUUUUUUGUAGUCAAUUCUGGAAUUAAAAAUACGUAGGUAUUUGAUUAAAUUAUCAGGAAGAUUAAGUAGGACAGAGUUCAUUAUAUUUUUAAUAUGGCAAAAAUUUCUAUUAAAAAAAAUUUUGCAUUUAAUAUAUCAAGACUUUUUUAGAAUUCGUCUGAAACUUAAGCUUGUUUAUUUGUUAUGAAAGAAUAAUGUGAACAAAAUAGGAUUUAUUUUAAAAUUAACAGCUUUAUUAACGGUAAAAUUCUUAGUCGACUACUGGUUGUGACAUACAAACAAUUUAACAUUUUAUAGUAAACUUAGAAAAUGCAGCAAUAUUAAAAUUUACAAAGAAAAAAUAAUCUAAACGCCAUAUUGUCAAAUAACGUAUUACAAAGCUGUAUACACACAUGUAAGUUAAAAGUGAUAGCAAAUAUCGCCUUAUGAUGUAGCCUAAGCCAUGAAUUUAAUUAAAAAUAUAUUUGAAAUAAUGGCAAAAUUCAUAAUUUUUACAUGUUAUAAAUAUUCACAGUUUAUAAUUCGAUAAAUUAUUAUCUUGACAUUAUUAAUAUCAUCACAGUUAUAUUAUUCAUAAGUUGAAAUUGUUUCUGGUCAAAAUGAAGCCGAAAGAAACGCAAAAUAAUAACGCUCUCCCUUUCGCUUUGAUACUGAUAGAAAAGAACAGCAUGAUAUGAAACAUGGUUAACUUAGUAUAGUGAUUUGUUAAGUACCUUAAUUUAUUUAAAGUGAUAACGAUAGUUUUAAAAACGAGUAAUAGUUAUGUUUGUUAUAUUAUUUAUAAUAUUUUUGUACGUAUUUUUCAAGCGAUUUUAUGUAAUGUUUAAUUGUAACGGCGUACACUUAAAAUGUUUUAAUUACAUAUUUUUGUUAAAAAAUGUUUUUUUAUAAUGUCUGUAUAAUGAGAAAUUAAUAUUAUUAUUUUUUUAAUUCAUGUUAUUAGCCGAAUAUGAUGGAUUAAUUCUUAUAUUACUUUUUGAACUUAUACAAGUGAGUUUGUGUCAUAAAAUGAUUUCAUGACAACGGCGAGAGUCAAUAUUUCUUAUUACUGUUUUGAUGUAUAAUUAUUAUAAUAAAUAUUUAAAAUUAUGUCAACAUGUGCCUAAUGAAACAAUAAAUAUAUAUAAAACUAUUGAUGUACAAGACGAGCUAAAUUUUAAUAUGAUUCCGUGAUAUUGUAUGCAUAAUUUAUAAUUUGGAAAUUUUCACGUUCAUCAAAGGGUCAGUAUUAUUGAUUUUUUUUGAUAAAGUACUACAGAUUAUGUUGAAAUUAUUUGAAGUAACUGUGUUUUAUCUAAUACCGAUAACAAAAAAUAUACAUACAUACAUAUAGUCACAUCUUUAUCCCUUGCGGGGUAGGCAGAGCCAACAGUUUUGAAAAGACUGAAUGGCCACGUUCAGCUAUUUGGCUUAAUGAUAGAAUUGAGAUUCAAAUAGUGACAGGUUGCAAGCCCAUCGCCUAAAAAAAUAAUCCCAAGUGUAUAAGCCUAUCCCUUAGUCGCCUUUUACGUCAUCCAUGGGAAUGAGAUGAAGUGGUCUUAUUCUUUUUUGUAUUGAUGCCGGGAACCACACGGCUCUAUAUACAUACAGUAGACAGAGCCAACGUCUUGAGAGAAAAAAAUAAUGUUUAAGAUAUAAGGAAGACAGUAUUCGUUAACUGAAUCAUAACGGGAUACUAAUAGCAGGUAGUUAAGUAUCAUAUACAUAUGUUAAAAGAAUUUCAAAGCCUUGAGGAACUUAAUAAUGCCUGAAAGUUGGCAGAAAAUGUGACGUUUUAAUAGUUUAAUGGAUCUCUGUGUCUUCAUAAUAAUUGUAAUUAAAAUAAAUACAAAUAUGCUCAUGUCUUUAACAACUGACCCUAGGGCCUUUUGCUCUGAAGUUGCAAUAACUUUCGUAUUGUGAGGUCACACCAUACUAUAAAUAUAUAUUAUAUUUGGAGAUAAUAUUAAUAUAAUGCCAUAUAAUUGAAUGAUCUCCAAAUAUAAUACGAUUUUAUUUAAUGUCAUAUUCUAAAUAGCCGACAUAAACCUGCCCGCCGUUCCAUAUUAUUUUAUAAUUGCGAUGCCCAACAGGGUUCAUAUUGUACCUAUUUAUAAGCAGUGACUGUAAUUCAACUGAUGUACUUUAUGAUAUGCAAUGAAGAUUUUGAAUUUGAAUAUAACCAAAAUGUGUAAUCUUGAUCGGCCGCCAUGCAACGUUAGUUCCUUGGCGAUAAAAAAAUAUGUAAUACGUCUCAACUUCGGAGCAAAAGAAUUAUUAUACACAACAAACAAACAAAAAUAAAGUGUCCACGCUAUGUGUAAAGUAACGUACAAAACUUAGUGAUAGUGUGAAAUAAUAAUUUAUUUUAGCUCAGUAUUGUUUUAACAACGAAUUGUAUUUUGUAAGCGGAUUCGUUUAUUUGCGAAUGACGAUUUAUAGGUACAAAUUGUUAUAGGGUGUCCUAAUCGCUUUUGCGCAAAACUUUGGACCGUAUCAGAUGGUUCUUAACACGACGACUCACCGUGGGGCGAUGAAAUGGCUACGCGAGUCGUAACGUGUAUCGUCAGAGCCUUUUAAAACAGUUUGUGAGUAAUCGUGAGAUCAUUGCACUCCUUUUUUCGGCUCGAGUAAUAGUAAAGUUUGAGAUUGCUUCAUUGACACAUGGAAAAGUAUAUGUUUUUAAAUAUUUUUUGUGGUGGUCUGAACGGGCCUGUAUGACUGUGUACUCUUUAAAUAGAGUUUGUUUGUUUAAGAAGAUAAAGAUCACUUGUAUCUAAAAGUUGUUUAAUGUAAGACUACAGAAAAUAAGAUUAAUUCACCCUGUCUCGACGACCGUUUGUUAUUCAAAUAACUUCUUUAUUAUUCUUAGCGCACUGACAUGUAAUAUUAACUUAAACGUAUAUCUAUAUAAUGGCUCGCACCUAAAGUGUGUCGCGAGGUCAGCGAAAUAUGUACGUACGGUGGUAAGACCGUACGUCGUCAUUUGCAAAUAAAUGAAUCCACAAAGUCGUCAGUAGGUACGCCUAGCGUUGUAUAUAGCCGUUAUGAAAGUGAUUAGUCGAACGUGCCUUUUUGCGGUGCCAUUGUGUCUAUUAAACGUAAUAUUUUCUUUUA